AUGCAUGUAAACGAGCUCCUUCCAACAUCUCACCCACUGUCUGAGGCGCGCGAGGAGUACGUCGACAGGGCGACCGUUGACACCUCAAUAUCUACCACGAGUGGACGCACGGCAAUACCCCGCGCCCACGUUCUCACUCGAGAGGCCCGGCUUGGGGACGUGCGAGUGUGCGCCGUAAGCGACGCCGCGUUCACUCCGCGCGAAAGCGUCCAACGGACCUGGAGAAACAGCGCUAUCAGUGAGUCGCCCUCGGCUAUAGACAACGAGGCCCUGACCGAUACGAUCCCGCAGUGCACCCCUGACGGUGUGUACGCACGGUACCGUGGUGCCCGCAUGCUCUCGCCUUGCCAGUGCCUCGGCCGCGCAAUGGGGAUCCUCGGGGAUGGUCAGGACGCUGAGGAACUCGAUGGCGAGUGCCUCACUCGUGUCUGGAUGGUAGUCGACUGCUCACUGCGGCAGGAUUCAUCGAUUGGGACGGUGUUCGUUCGCGAGCUGGACAUCCCGGGAGAUGACGCGGACGUGGUGUAG